CGUAAAGACACGUAGCCGUAUGCGAUGUCCGACAGCAAAUUUUCCAGACCGUCUGUGAUGUUGUUACACCAUAUUUUAUCGUUUUCAUUUUGGAACUGAACACGACCCUUUUCAGCUCUUAUUAAAAACAGAAGAAGAAUCCAGCACCAUGUCUGGGGGAGACUCCAACCAAAUCACGAACCAAGGAGGUUUUUACAACCAAGGUCCUACUCAAGAUGGCCCUCCUGCACACUGUGGCCAGGCACCAGACGCUGGACAAGGGUGGUACAAUCAACAAACCAACAGCCAAGCUACAUUCUUCAACCCAACAGAAUACCAAAAGACACAGCCGGCAGUGUUUAACCCGUAUAACCCCGGAGAACCCCCACCCAAUAUGGGUAUACCCCAAGAGGGUCAGCAAGGUGUAGAUGGGCAACAGCCGCAAAUGGGGUACCCAGCUGCAACGCAAGAACCCCAGCAAGGGUACGCCCAACCAAUACAAAAUGACCAGUAUCCCAACAACCAGUGGAACAAUGUGCCGUCAGAUAACAACGGAGAACCUCCACCCAAUAUGGGUAUACCCCAAGAGGGUCAGCAAGGUGUAGAUGGGCAACAGCCGCAAAUGGGGUACCCAGCUGCAACGCAAGAACCCCAGCAAGGGUACGCCCAACCAAUACAAAAUGACCAGUAUCCCAACAACCAGUGGAACAAUGUGCCGUCAGAUAACAACGGCAGCUACCAACAGCAACAGUGGGGUCAACAACCUCUGAAUGGGACGCAUCAAUCGAACAUGAAUAAUGUCAACCCGAACAGCUGGAGUGGAGCUCCUGUCCCAGACUCUGGAAAUAAUGCUCAACAAAUGGCUCCUCAAAUUGGCCUGUACCAGCCAUAUGAGAACAGCCAACAACCCCAAAUGGGUAACCCUGGCCUUGCAAUAACUGACUAUAAUGAUGAUAAUGACUCGCACAGGGGAUUUGGUUCUUUCUUUCAUGAUGACGACUCAGAUUUCUUAGGGUCGAGUGGCACGCCAAGCUUGUCUGCCAGCCAGCGACAAACACCAGAUCCUGUUCUUAACGAUCAUUCAUCUGUGGAUACUGAACUUCACCAGCAAGAAGCUACUUCAAGUCAGCCCCAAGUGCUGGACAACACCGGUGUCCACAUUCACGGAAACCCUGAUGGUACACAGCCUGGUGGAGAUUUCGAACAACCAGCUACAAACCAGCAAACUCACAUGUCAAAUCAGCCAGAUGUUUAUAAUCAGCCUGGAGUAGAAGUUCCCCAAGAGCCAAGUGGAGAUCUUGGUCCCAGUAUCCAACCUGUUAAUCAACCUUACAAUGCGUAUGAUUCACCUCCUGUCCGCAUCAGUCCCCAGACUAUCAGCCCCGCAUUUGGGGGUGCUCCAAACCUUGAAAGUGGAAGUAGCGUUGAGUAUUCUCAGUCUUCAGAUUCUCACGGUCAUGGACAGUCACAAUCCCAGGAUGGGGUGUAUUUAUAUAACAAACCAGAGUCUAACUUUCAAUCUAUGAGAAAUGACCCUACCUUGGUUCCUAGUCCAACAUCGGAUCAGGAACCUCCUUUUGGGAGUUCUGACCAGAUCGCCCAACCUAAUCUGAGCCUUCAGGGUCCCCCUUCUUACAGAGAUGAUCAAAUCAGCAAUCAUAGUCAAAUUAAUAGCCCAUUUCUUGGGGAAUCGGGAAGCCUGCACUCCCAACCACCAUCAGCAUCGACAAGUCGAAGCAACUCCAUGUUGGGAGACCAUGUUGGCAGUGAGCAUCCUUCUCUAAGCCCAGCUUUUCAAGAUCAACGUCAGGGAAGUCUCAAGGAAGACUCUCAGAGUUUAGAUGUUCACGCUACGUCUCAGGAUGAAACAAGUAGAACCCCUGAUACAACUGUUGCUCAAGGAUUUCUCAACCCUACUUCCAUUGAUCAAAACAGUAACAGUGCGCCUUCUCCAGACUCUUAUCCACAAAAUUCUGAUACUGUACAGCAAGCCCAAUCAAAUGUUUAUCUUCCUUUAGCCGCUGAACAACCAACCUCUCAACACUUGGCACUUGAUGAUCCGCAACUUGGACAAGGAGGACAGCAUCAACAGCCACAUUCUCUGGGUCAAGGAGCCAACUCUCAAAAGCGGCAAAGCCCAAAUGAGACACCCACUGUGCAAGACCGUCCUCUUUCAAAUCCAAGAACAACAAAUCCGACAAUGGACACGUCAGUUCAUGGUGAGGAGCCACAGCAAUCACGUCCAGGCAGUGGUUUUUCCGCAGGACUGCCACCACUCGGUCUUCCUAAACCUCAGCCGACGAUCCCUCAAGGCCCAAAGGAACUGAGUCCCACAGACGAGAAGACUCCACUCACCCACCCGAGUGCCUUCCGCAGCGUUCAGCGCAGUCAGCAACCCCUGAUGACAUCUGUGAAUCCCUCCCCUCCACUCUGGUCAGCAGAGGUUCCUCCAAUGCCGGCCAAUAUCCUGCUAGCCCCGGCAGCACCUUCUUCAGCCGCCCUGGUCCUUCCUGUACGUCUCUCCACUCCCCAGGCAAACCCAGUUCCUGGUCUGGCAGCAAGUGUCGCCUCAGUCAGCGUACCAUCCCUACCAUCAGAGGCCGUCUCCUUAUUAACUCAGCAGCCGGCAGUUAACCCAACAACACAGUCAAGUCUCGGACCACAGUCCAGUCUUGGUCUGCCCGUUGCUUCAUCAUUUUCUCAAACGCCUUCCACUGAAACAAGCACCACUCAAAUUACUAGCACUCAAAACUCUUCAAAUUCUCUUCUCGCUCAGCCCGCGUUCUUCCCAGUGCAACCAUCCUUAUCUGUACCUCUUGCUAACAGGACGGCAGACUCGAUACAACUGGCAGCGUCAGCUCCCACUCUGACACCACCCGUUGCUGUGACACAAGCAGCUCCUGCGACUUUACCGCAGCAAUCAGUGCCUGUAUCAAAUGCUCACAUUCCAUCGUCACAGACCCCUGGGCCGGCCGUUGGGGCCUCUGUCGCUCCGAACCACGCACCUGCAGUUCAGCAACAGCAACCAAUUCAACAUCAACAGCAGCAACCAAUUCAACAGCAGCAACAGCAACAAUUGAACACUGGCGUGGACAGCCAACAGCAGCAGCUGCCACUGCAGAAUCAGCAACAGCAGCAGCAGCAGCACCAAUCGUUUCAACAACCAGGACAAUCAUUCAAUCAAGCUCCAGAUCAGCAAGGCCAAAUGCAACAGGGACAGCCUCAGAAUAGUCAGUGGGGCGACAGGAGGAGUUCUGAUCCCUACUACAACAGGCAGCAAUACGACCCGCGUUAUCAGUAUGCCGAUUAUCGCAACCAGCAGUAUGAUAACUACGGUAGGUAUGCUGCAGCUUACGAUCAACAGAGUGGGUACGGCUACAGAGGCUCCGCGGCCUACGAUGCUAGGAGAUCCUACUCAAGACAAGGCUACGGGAACCAAGAGCGGCCCCGAUCGAGGCAGGGCCAGGGGUACGCUGAAGGGGAGCGGACACGAGAUGGGGAGCGACCUCGAUCCCGACAGGGGUAUCAAGACCCCUCGAGGCAGGGAGCAUACCCCGAACAGGAGAGCAGACCGCGGUCAAAGUCGAGACAAGGAUACGAUCAAUAUUACAAGGGCUACGACAGGAAGGACCCGAGGGCGCAGGACUACUACAAAGGCUAUGAUGCUUAUGGUCGACCGUACGACAGACAAACUCAAGAAUACUGGGCGAAGAAGGGCUACUACAUCAACCAGAGCUACGACCAACGUAGCAACCGUAGUUACGAUGACCGUAGCAACCGUAGUUACGAUGACCGUAGCAACCGUAGUUACGACGAACGUUACCAGAACUGGGAGAGACAACACCAGUAUUACCGCGAGAGAACUGAUGAUGACAAUCGACAGAACACGUCGGCGCCUGAGCAGCAGUGGCCGGCCGAUACGCGGAGUGGUCAGGCGGACCAAUCAGAUACAGGAUUUUCCUCGGGUUUCCAUCACCAAGGAGGGGACACACCCGAGAAGUACAACGCAGACCAGAGCAGUAUAUACUCCGGUGACUACACCGACCAGGCUAAAAACAGCAGUGUGGCAGCGACGACGUAUCAAGAUCAGUACGGUAACUCAUAUAACUACGGCUAUAGCUCGGACAGCUCAUAUCAGGAGGUCAAACAAGCCACACCGCCACCACCAGAGCGCAUGACACCAGCGAAGUUCACUCUCCCUCAUGUUAUAGCUCGGUUUAGCCCUGGUGGCCACCUCAUCAAGGUACUACCCAACAUGCCGCUAGAGGGAAUGCCAGCCUCUGUGGAAAUACAUAGCGUAGAGACCAUGCUGGAACACACCCCAGAGACUGAAGAAAUGCGAGCAUUUCCCGGGCCUCUUAUACGAGGGGAAACCCAUAAGGGUGAUGUGCUCAGGUUUUCCCAGCAGAAGUCCGCAGCAUGCAGUGAGAGUACAGAGAUGAUGGAUAGGGAGUCAGCGGCUCUACUAUGGGAGCUCAUGGUUCUACUCUGUCGACAGAACGGGUCAAUCAUGGAAACGGACAUUUCGGAACUUCUUCUGAAGAACCACCCAAUGGUGUCCUCCUCCAUAACCCCACCAGACCCCAAGACUGAAGAGGAUGCUGCGGCUGGAGAGGAGACUAGCAUUGAGGGUCAGAGUUCAGAGGUCGUAGUGCAGAAGAAGCCUCAUUUGAGGGAUGUUGAGGCCGACACUAGUAGGUUUAGAGAGCUACUGUUGUUUGGACGUAAGAAGGAUGCACUUGAGGCAGCAAUCAAGGCGGGGCUUUGGGGCCACGCCCUCCUCCUGGCCUGCAAGAUGGACAGUAGAACUCACACUAGUGUCAUGACUAGAUUUGCCAACAGUCUAACGAUGAACGAUCCCCUACAGACACUAUAUCAACUCAUGUCAGAGAGACAGCCUGCUGCAGUCACUAGCUGUGCGGAUGAGAAGUGGGGCGAUUGGAGACCGCAUCUAGCCAUGAUCCUCUCCAAUCUAAGCCCAGAUUCAGAGCUGGACAGUAAGAGCAUCGUCACCCUCGGUGACUCCCUAGCAUCACGAGGUUUGUUGAAGGCAUCUCACUUUGUCUAUCUGAUGGCUCAAGUUGGACUGGGCGUCUACGGUAGCAAGACAACCAAGAUGGUCAUGAUCGGUGCUAGCCACAGUCUUCCUUUCCAGAACUUUGCACUGAAUUCCAAUAUCCAGCAGACGGAGGUCUACGAGUACGCUCAACUGCUUGCCAAUAAACACUACAGCUUGCCUAAUUAUCAACCCUAUAAAUUCAUCUAUGCUACCAGACUAGCAGAACAUGGAUUCACAACACAGGCGCUCCAUUACUGUGAAGUCGUAGCUAAAGCCGUGUUAUACAUGCCGAGUCUGUACAGCUCAACGUUAGUCAACCAGAUCUGUCAGCUUUCUGAUCGUUUGGUAUACCAUGACGACCAAUAUUAUGACGGGCAAGUUCUGAUCAAUCCAGAAUGGCUGUCCAAGCUGACUGAUAUUCUCAGACAAAUGAAUGAUGGUCAGAUCCAACCGUCCUCUACGUCUGGUACCCCAAUACCUUGGAGUGAAUCCUACAGCAAUCUCAGUACGAUGGGGGAGAGUGUCGGAAGUAGUGGACCGACGUUUGAGGUUGACCCUGCUCAUGUCAACGAGGGCGGAGAACCUUAUGCAUCCGUUGGCGACUACGCCCUGACAACGAGCGGCUACUACCAUCAAGAGCCCUCAACUUCAGAUGUAACAACUGACCUGUCACAGAAUCAACACAGUGCCUAUAGCUACGAUCAACAACAGCAACAACAACAACAUGAGCAACAACAACAACAACAACAACAUCAACAACAGCAGCAGCAACAGCAUAUGGCGCAGGGUGAUCCUGCUCUAACGCAAAACUCGGGCAACUACACAACAUUUGGGCAGCAACCGCUCUCGUCCGUGCCUCGCAACGUCGACCCUGGUGCCUCGCUAAACAGUAAUUUCUCAGAGUACAGCACAACGAGCGCAACUUCGGCUGGUGAUUCCGGAACAGAGCUGGAGGAGAGCAGAGCAUCGAGGGCAGCAUUCGACUACUAUGGUACAAGCACGAGAACUAGCUCUUUCAGUCAAUACGGCCAGAAGGCACCCGGUCCACCCUCACCGGCGCACACCUUGACACCCCCACACACACCAAGUGGAAGAGCCCGCACCUAUUCAACGGACUCAACCAAACACUUGCAGAGGGAGGAUCCCAAGCCAGAGCCCAAGCAGGAAAUCAAGGAGAAGCCAAAGGAGAAGCCCAAAGCCAAACAGGGCGGCGGUCGGGGUUGGUUUGGAGGAUUUUUCAGCAAAGUCACGGGGCGGGGAAAUCAAGUUCAUCUACCUGAUGAUAACAACAAGAAGAUCCAGUGGGACCCCAAAACUAAACGAUGGAUAAACGAGGAUGAAGAUGAAGAAUAUGUAGCGCCCCCACCAGCUCCACCCAAAGACACCGACCUAAAGCCAGCUGUACCUACUCCCCAAGGAGGCGGGAGCCAGACCUCCGGACCCUCAACCGGCCCGCCAGCCUUUGGUGAAAAUAAAUUCAGAAAGCCAGCGAGGAGAAACUAUGUUGAUGUGGUUGGUCAGAGCAGUGGGGCGUCGGUGUCUAAAGCCAGCAUGCCACCACCCAGUACGCUGUUCCAGUCACUACCCUCGGGACCACCAAGUACCUCAAUGAACUUCUUCGUCCCCGGACAAGCAGCAGCAGGGGAUGAGACGCCUAACCCUGGCCAGCAGCAGCAUGUCGCUAAUCCAUCCUCUCGUUCAGAGACGCCGGCUACGCCAGCAACGCCACACAGUGACACAUCACCACAGCAGCAACAACAGUUUUUCAAUCCAAAUGCAUUUACUGCAAACAACGGCAACUACAACGAGGCGCCAGCCAGUCAACCACAGUAUCCACAACAACAACAAAGCCAGUAUCAACAACAACAACAACAACAGCCCGAUCCACAAAAACAAAGCCAGUAUCAACAGCAGCAGCUACCCGAUCCGCAAUAUCAAGCCAACAAUUCUCAGCUAGCGCCACCACAAACUCGAAAUGAAGAAAAUUUAUCUCGGUCUAGUUCCAUGAGCUCGCUGUCGUAUGAGGUUAGCCACCAUUUGCAAGAGAAGACCACACAGGUGGAGGAUAAAUCAUCAGCCAGGCAGCAACCCCAAGCUGCUCAACCACCUCCUACUCAGGCAGCAGGACCAGUGUUCUUCAACCCUCAAACAUUUCCCAAUCAGCUAGGGGGUCCAUCCAUGCCCCCGUCAGCCCCAUCAGGGGGUGGGCCCUCCUCAGCCAGGCGAGGGUAUGGGACUCGGAGGCAGUACCCGACCGCUAGGUAAAACUUGUGUCGAGGUCUUCACUAGGACUUUUUGGGGAGAAUGGAUUGGACUUCAUCAGGGGCGGAUAUCACUAAUCACGGCGAUUAUCUUGAUGAGUUGUCAGUAUUACCAUCGGGAUUUGGAUUGUGACAUCACACUUUGCUUAGCAAUUAAGGUUGCUAUUAUACAAUCCCUUCAAAUUGGACUGGAAAAAUCAGAAAUGUAAAGAACAGAGCGCCAUGUAGAAACAUAAAAGUACAUAAAGGCGUUUUGAGUUUUCAGAUUACAUUGAGGAAUCAAAGACCAAGAACUUGGACAUUUAUUGGCUCAUCUUUGAAAACUUUUUAAGCAAACUCUAAAACAUUUAAAGCUAGACACAACAAUUAAAAA